CCAUGUUUUCCGCAGUUAGAAUUACGUUUCGUGGUUAGAAUCAUGGAUAACCUACUGUAAAUUGGGGCGGCCUACACUUGCCAUGCGCAAGAACUUUGAAGGCCGGUCUGAACUUUGAAGGUCGGUCUCUGAUCUCCUAUAAAUACACCAACAAACAAGACCUCCUCUUAUGUUAUCCUUGUCGUAUUGAUCUAUCUCACAGCGGAAUGGGUAGAAGUGAAUACGAUGAAUCUUCUGAACCCUACCACAAGCUAAGAAAUGGCGCUAGCCGAUGCGAAACCCUAGGCCGGAAAUCAUACGACCGCCAUUCUCCCAAAACCCUAGAUCGGAGAUCCUAUGGCAGGGAUUCUUCUCCUGAAACCCGAGCCGGUGGAUCUUAUCGGCGUGCUUCACUAGAGACCCAAGGUAUGAGAUCCAACGGCCAUCACUCGUCGCCGGACUGGAAUGACCGACACCAAAGCCUUGAUGAUGAUCGGAGCCCUAGCCCUAGUCACUUCAGGAACUCAAGGUCUCGACACGAUGGCUAUGGAGGAAGGUCUAAUAGGUAUUUUCUCGAUAGGGAUAAGGGUUCUCGAGAUGGUAGGGUUUCUGAUACUGAUGAUGAAGAGUUGAAGGGUUUGAACUAUGAAGAAUACAGAAGGAUAAAGAGGCAACAAUUGAGGAACCGAUUGUUGAAUUGUAUAUGGAAUGUCACCCCAAGUCCUCCUAGAUUGGAUCAUGGCGAUGAUCAAGAAAAUGGAGUUGAAAUUGCCAUAAAUGAGAAGGAUUUGCAAUCUGGUGAGAAAUCUAGGGUUAAUUCUGGAGAUGGGUUCUCCGGUAGUGGAAGGAAAGCUUCCUCUGACUAUAAAGAUCGAAAAAAGAGUAUUCGUGAUGAAUUUGAGGAAUCAGAGGGUGAACCAGAGUCUGAUUCUGAUUCUGAUUCAGAGAUAAGCAAAUCACCCGAGAUGAAGAGAAGAGAAAGGGGAGGAAGAAGAGAGAGACGUAGGUCUCAUAUUAAGAGCAGAAAUAGAAACCGUCCAGUUUCAGAUGAAUCGGAGAGUGAAUCAAAUUCUGGUUCUGAUGACUCGGAGAAGAGGAAGAAGAGGGAAAUUGGAGGAGAUAGAACUGGGUCUCAUCGUAAGGGGAGCAAUAGGAAGAGAAGAGAUUCAGUCACAGAGAGCGAAGAGAAUGAGGAAUCAGAAAGUGAAUCUGGUUCUGGUUCAUAGAUAAGCAGCUCGCCUAGAACAAGGAGGAAGAAAAGAGAUAGAAGAACACAUAAUAGAAGUGGGUCUCAUAGGAAGAAUGAAACGAGCAGAGAUUCGGUCUCUGGAAGUGAAAAAAGUGAUGAUUUGAGUGGUUCAGAGUACUCUUCUGAUGAAAAGAAAAAACCCAAGAGAAAGCAUAGCCUCAAAAGGAAUUCGAGAAAAGGGGUAGUGGGUAGAAAGUCAAGGAGGAGUAGAAGGGACAUCAGUUCUGAUGAAAGUGAAAGCAGUGGUGAGAGAGAAAGCGAUGAAUCUGAUGAUGCUAGGACGGGUUUGAAACCAUCUUCCCACCCUAACAAACCCAAGAAAAAGAAGCACUCAGAUUCAGAGGCCAACAAUUCAUUAGAUAAUGGGGGCAAUGAGGCCCAAAAGGAAAAAGAAGAAGCCCCCAAAAAACCAGAGAUUGAUAAUGAAGCUCUCAUGUUCAAGGAGAUGAUAGAGUCACAAAAGAAACCCAACUCAAGCCUUGAAAAUGAGCCUGUUGUUGGGCCUAUGCCUCUCCCUAGAGCUGAAGGCCAUAUCAGCUAUGGAGGUGCCCUACGGCCUGGAGAAGGAGAUGCCAUUGCUCAGUAUGUUCAGCAAGGGAAGCGUAUUCCUAGGAGAGGAGAAGUGGGUCUUUCAGCUGAAGAGAUUCAGAAGUUUGAGGGCUUGGGUUAUGUCAUGAGUGGGAGCAGGCAUCAAAGAAUGAAUGCGAUUCGUAUAAGGAAAGAAAACCAGGUUUACAGUGCUGAAGAUAAGCGAGCGUUGGCUAUGUUCAAUUACGAGGAGAAGGCGAAGAGAGAGCACAAGGUGAUGUCAGAUUUGCAGAGACUGGUUCAGAGGCACAUUGGGCAGGAUGUUGGCCCGACGCAUGACCCAUUUUCUCAGAAAGGAUCGGAGGUUGCUGAAGCAUAAGCUAUGUUGUAAGCUUUUACCUUUUUGCAGGCUUCAUGUUCUCUUUUUGACUGUUUUUUUUAACUUUAAUCUUCAUCGCUGUACACUUGCCUUGUGCAAUUGUGUAAGAUUCUGAGGACCAUGGAUGUGUCUUUUCUAUGUGCCUUUAGAGUUCAUGUCAGCCUAAAUGUUGUGCCUAACUUUAACUAAUAUGUCCCUUAUCUUUGUUGAAGUCCUUGACUAUUCUGAACCUAUUAAUAACAGCGAAAAAGGUUAGAUAUGUA